UCCACAGCCACCUGAAGCAGCAGCACCCAGAAAGCUAGUCUUCCAGAUAAACCUGUUGGACUAUAACCUGGUGUUGGGUGAUGUUUAAGCUUUGUCCACCCUGUCAUGUGGGCAGCCACCUGGUUGAACCCCCCUUCUGCAGCCUCUGAAAAGCCCUCCACAUCCUCCCUGUAAUGCAGCAACCUGAGCUGAACGCGAUACUCCUUUGCAAGUUGCGGUCUAACCAAAGCCUGACGUCGGAACGGAAGUCCUGUGUGUACAAGUCCCACUGCAGGGAGGCCAGGCCCAGUCUUACCGAGCGCCCGUGAAGGGGGCGAGGGUCUGGCGCCAAAGCUCUGCCGCGCGGAGGGGGAGGGUCACGCGCCGGAGAAUGGCCACGUGCCGCAGCGGGGGCCGCAGCACUGGAGACGCUUCAGGCAGGGGAGAGGGGGCUCGCGCGGGAGGCGGCUCACGCGCUGAAGGGGGGCACGCGGAGGGGCGCCUCGCGCCGGAGGAGGGUCAUGUCGAGGGGGGGGGUGUGGGCCACGCGCCAAACGCGGGCCUCCUCGCGCCGGAACGUGGGGAGAGCCACGAGCUGGAGUGGUGCCGCGCCGCGGAGGCCGAUUUCCCGGAUGUGAUGGACAUCUCGAGGGGCGUCUUCGAGGGUUUCGACCACCUGCCCGCCCGUUACCACGCCUGGGUCAGGGACCCGGCUCGAAGAGUCUUCCUGGCGAAAAAGAAAGGGAAAGCAGUAGCCUUUGUUUCAGUGAAUGUUGUGGACGACGGGCACACUGCGGUGGUGGAAGGGUUGAGGGUUGCAUCGCUGGAGAGAGGCAAAGGAAUCGGGCAGGUCGUCCAGCACUACUGCGCUGAUCUGCUCAGGGCCCAGUUCCCAGAGGUCAAAGUGUGUCGUUACACCAAAGCUGGACCCCUGACACUCAAGACUAUUGCCAAGUUCCGACUGAUAUGUAAACAGGAAGUCCUCACUGUGCAGUUAGAGACGGAAGAUAUCCUUUCGAAGCUGGAAGCUACCAUUGCCCAGCUGAAGGAGAGCGGGGAAGAAUGGGAAGAUCCCAUCCUGCUCGGAGCCACUGAUGUCAAGCGGGUGUUCCUUAGCCCCAAGGUGGUGGAUGAGGUGCUGCCUGGGAAGACCAUUAUUCAAGACUGGGCUCCUUACAAGCCAUUGGAGAGCAACCUAGAGAAGUUAAUGAGGCAAGACCUCAUCUGGAUGGCUGACGACAAAGAAGAGCCCACGGUCGUCAGCCUAGGCACUGCCCCCUACAGGAUACCCUUGGGUACUGGCUGCCUCCGGCUGAACAUUGAUAUAUUUGGGAAGCAUUUCCCCAAGGUCAGGAACCAGUUUCUUGCUCAGAUCCAGCAAAGAGUCAGCACCCUGGAGGGCCUAGUAUACUGUCUUUUGAGCUUUGAGCCAUCCUUGUGGCAGGACAUGUUAUUCUUCUGCCAAACUACCUUAGGACUCCACGUGGAUGGAGACAUUGAGGAGCAAAGCUUGCUGGAGACAAAUGUAUAGACCUGUGAGGGAAAGAGCCCCCUACCCCGCUAUUGCCAGUCCUUUGCUGCUUCUGGGCUCAGUAGUUUGUCUGCUGUCUCUCCUUCUGCCAUGCUAUUACGUCAGAAUGCAGAGUGUUGUAGAUUCAAGUCCCACUCCUGGGUUUUGAAAGCCAACAAGCCUAAUGGCAGACUAGUGUUGAAUUGUUUGGUGUUUGAUUGCACUGGUCUGAUUAUUGACCUCGCCCAGUGUACUUGACUGUUUGAGCUUGGAUGUGGACUCAGAUAAAGCAAACAGACACUGAUUUCAAAAGGCUUUUGUAAAUAAACCUGUUGCAUGUUUUGAAA